AUGCCAUCCUUGCUAAACCCCUACCGCGAUUUUUUCCAUUGCGCUGGACAAGAGUUCGAAUACGAAAUGGAUGUCGCAAACGAAGUUGUGGAUUCUUCUAUUGCCAGCAUUAUGCCAUCCACACCCAACCGGUACACUUCAGCUACUCAAGCUACUCGUGGCACUCCGUCUCGUAGAGCAGAUACGAUGCAAGAUGAUGCACACUCGAUGGUGGGAUUCCCUCCAUCGGCAUCUCCGUCUCUGGGACAAUCGUCCGCUCCAAGAUCAACAACAAGGCACGUGCGCAAGGUUAGCCGAUCAUGA